AUGCCAGUCACGACUCGUAGUCAAACAGGAAACUUGAAGUUGCCUGGGCCGCCGAGCAACAAGGCCGAUCCACCUCGUAAUGUCCAUGCAGCUACUACAUCGCAUGGUAUCCUAGACGACAAUUCCGAACUUUUGAACAAGCCAACCAAAGCCGCCAAUUCCUCGCUCGUGAAGCGAGCGAGAGGACUGUCUAGAAAAAAGCAAGGCCGACUCUCCAUACUUCCCUCAUUGAACAUCGACAUCCUCUACGAAAUCUUCAAGCAUCUGGACCCCGCGGAUUUGCUCUGUCUGGCUGGGCUAUCAAAGUCCUUCAGGCAAGUUCUCAUGUCGCACACUACGAGUUGGCUAUGGACAUUCGUGUGGGGAAACCUUGAUACCACGGUACCGCAAUUUCCCAAUGAUAUAUUUGUACCUGCUUGGACCCGUCUUAUCUUCGGAGAGUCUUCCUGCCACCGCUGUGGCACAAAGACCAACAAUAAGCCGGAUUUUACGCUUCGUCGACGGACAUGCAAGCCAUGUCUUACAGAGUGCCUCUAUCACAGUAACAACUACCAUGGGGUGGUACACUCCUAUGUUGUGCUUUGCUACUCUCUGGAUUGUCUGCCCGCAGCUCAGGUGAAACCAUCAGGGAGCCGAGCCGCUGCCCGUGAAUGGUACUGCUUAGAUGACAUCCGAGGCUUACGAAAUGAAGUAGGAGACCUCAUUACCACCAAGAUGCCCACGAAUGAACGGAAGAAGAUACUGAGAAAGGUGCACGAUUCGCGAAUGGAGGCUUUGAAGGCGAGAGAAGAGAACGCACGCCUCUGGCUCGAAUGGUACGAUGAUCUCCAAGCACAGAAGAUAGAAGCGAAGGAGUGCAGGAAAACCGCUCGGUCUGAAGAUAUCAAACGCCGAUGCCUUGCUUUGGGAUACGAUGAAGGAGAUUUUAUGGCUAUUGCUCUUCAUCGCGAGGUAUGCCAGGUGGAUAAGCCAAUGUCUGACCGAGUUACGACUAGGAGUCAAAAUGGUACGCCGCAGAGCGCUAAAGGGAAUGCGGGAAGCGCGGCCGACACUGGUGUGUCGUCGUCUGAGGAAGAAGUGGUAAGACGGGUUAAGAUAUCGAAGGUGAAAGGGAAAACGCGCCAGACGAAGGGCCUAUCCAGGAAGAAGCAAGGCCGCCUUAGCAGGCUCCCUACUCUGAAUCUCGAUGUCUUGUUCGAGAUUUUUGUACACCUCAAACCGGCUGAUCUGCUGCGACUCGCGUGGGUCUCAAAGUCGUUUCGACAAAUUCUUAUGACCCGGGACUCAGCUUGGCUUUGGAAAGAAGUGUGGAACAAUAUACCUGGCACACCUUUGUGUCCCGAGGAUAUGUCUGUGCCUGCCUGGACCAAUCUUCUUUUUGGAGGCGCAUACUGUCAUACUUGCGGUUCCAAACCAUCAAAGGUGAGCGGGUACGUCAUUAACGUACCCAUCGAUAGCGCGACUGAAGGGCCUCCGUUUAGCCUUCUCAAGCUAGAAGAUGCCGUGCUCAUCGCGCCUUUGCUCUCGUACGACCUGAUCAAGCGUCUUCCCAUGGCUUCUAUCAACCCGCGAGGAAGGCACGGCAUACUUCGGACCGAACACUGGCUUAAGAAGGACUUACUCGAUUUGAACGCCAAGUAUGGCUUCAUCCUAAAGAAUGCGGCUGAUGAGGAACUGAAUACGCAGUUGAAGGAACUGAAGUCAUCUACAACGGAGACUUCUCGAACGAUAAAUGAGUACGCUGAGAAGUGUAGACGAUGGCUCAGUGACCUCGAAGGUCAUCGGCAGGCAGAGCGAGCGCAUCGAGAAGCGGCAAGACGGGUAGGCAUCGAGAAACGAUGCCUUGCGCUCGAGUACAAGAUGUCCGAUGUAGAUGAAGUGGGCGAGCAUCGAGAAGUCCGGUGCGAAAAGCCAAUGUCAGAUAAAGUCUGGGUUCGAGUGUUCCCUAUCCUGAAACCCGAUCUAGAUCAGGCAAGAGACAAAAGACUGAUGCGCGAACGUAUGCAACGCAAACAGCUGCGGAUCAAGGCAAUCAUGGCUCAAUACGAAACCCAUUGCCUGGGUCUCCCUCCACUCAGCCUCGUAUUCUACCCAAAGAGACACGACUUUCUGAAAUUCAAGAGUGUUACACCCCUUGUCGACCACGACAUGGAAGUCACGGAGGAAUUCAAGGUUCGAGUAUCCGCCACGGUCUUUGACUCGCAACUGGAGAUCGAAGAAUGGGCUGCAUCCAGGAAAAGAAAAGUCCUUGCCAGCAUACCGGCAGUCGUCGACACUUCACGUUAUUCCACGUUUGACAUGCCACGAGAACUGGAUCUCGCGGUAUCGGUGUUUGAAGAGAAAAAACUCUCUCAAUUUGGAACGCCAGCGUCAUUGUUCGGUAGAGAGAUAUUCAGGGCUCUAUACCCUCCGAUCCCGAACAGCGACGAUCCCGUCUUCAGCUCUACUGGACGAAAGGUGGUACUGUCUAUGCUUGAUGAGCUUAGUUUUCCCCCAGAAACGACAACGACCGCCCAACUUAACCAGCUAGAUCCGCUAUUCGUCUGUCUGAACUGCCAUGGUGGAACCUCUUCCACGAAGGCGGGCAAAGUGGCAAGGAUAGCGAGAAACUGGCGAACCCAUCUGGAUCAUCAAAUUCACGUGAUAUCCGUUGGGGGUACAGCACACGCAGAGCGUCAAUGCCGAGUUCUAUCAGACGAAGAGGCGCAGACUGCAAGGUCCCAGCUCGACUUCCGGCGCGAGUCGCAGCUUCGUCGGCCAUGGGGCUGCUGCCAUUGCACGGUGCACUUUACGCAGUCUGAAAGCUCGAGAGAGGACCCCUUGUUGUCGGAGCUAUGGAUGACAAGGGAAGCUGUUGUCGAUCAUCUCAGACAAUCACAUAAUGUGGCCAGCCCAGUUGAGGACGUUGACCUCUACUACCAUCCGUAUUUCCGCUACUGUCCUCAAGGUGCCCAAAUUGUGAUGAAUGCUUGAGUACCUGCGAGGUUGACGCACUAAGAGUGCACUCUUGAACUCGCACCUUGCGUUCUACCACCAAUUCCUCACUUCUUAUUGUUUUCUUGUUCUGAUGAUUCAUGGUUCGUAGAGCUACCUCAGCCUACAACUUUAAGUAUUGUCGCCCUCUACGUAUACGGAUGCACUGUAUCGUGGUCCUGCAUUGCCUUCGGUAUGAUCUUUUCAAUAGUUCCG